AGAAAAAUGGAAUUCAUGAAACUCGCAAUCGAAGAAGCCAAGAAAGGAAUGGAGAAGGGAGACGGUGGACCAUUUGGAGCUGUAAUUGUCAAGGAUGGGAAGGUAAUCGGUAGUGGGCAUAACAUGGUUUUAGUCACCAAGGAUCCAACAGCACACGCCGAAGUUACAGCCAUCAGAAAUACUUGUAAGAAUGUCGACAACUUUGAUCUAUCCGGUUGUCAACUCUACACUUCCUGCUAUCCAUGUCCAAUGUGUAUGGGAGCUGCUCUCUGGUCUCGUGUCGAUGCAAUUUACUACGGUGCCACGUCACAAGACGCCGCGAAUAUCGGAUUUGGAGAUCAUGAGUUCCAUGAGUUCCUUCAAAACCCAAAAUCGGAUGAUAAACGAAAGUUGGAACAAUUCAAGGUGGACAACUACUUAGAGCCAUUCCAACUUUGGUCAAAGAAGGAUAACAAAGAACUUUAUUAAAUAUAAACAAAUUCUCUGGUUUUUGUCAUUUGUUGGUUGCAAAAAAGUAAUGCAUUAUAAAUAAACGUAUAGGAGUGUG